ACCUUUUUUUUCUCCGCUGAAUUUUCUCAGACAUGCAUUAUUUAAUCCGAAUAUCCUCAAGAACCCACCAUCUCCUUCUGCGCAAUCUCCACAUUCUGUGAAGAAAUUUUUUUAGAGAGAGAGAGAGAGGGAAAAAGGGGUGAGAGAGAUGCUGCAGUUAUACAGCCUGCGGCCAUGGAUUUCAACAAGAAAUUCAGAAUCGGAUUUGUGUUCUUCUUCCAAGAGAAAGUCAAGGCUGCAUUCCAACCGACGGGUUCCAAUUUCAACUUUCAAUCCUGAUAAUUUCGCAGUGAAGAGGAGGAGAGGAAAUUGGAAGAUGAGUUCCGGAAUCAUAUGGAGGAAGUUGGAUCCUUUGAUGAAAAUAAAAAUUUCCAGCAAAGUGAAAUGUAAUCUCUCACCGAUGGAUUCGAAAAACUGUUCUCAGACAGUGCAGGAUUGCGGAGAUAAACUCCUGAUGGCAUCUCUCUGUUCUCAUCUCGUAGUUAAAUUGAUACAACUAAAUAGCAUGAACGCAGUUAUGGAAUUAGUUCAAAAAUCAUUCUACCAUACAGUUCGUACAAUCGGAGCUUCGAAUCUGCCUUUUGCCUGCAUGUCUAAUUCCUUGGGUAAACCAACACCGCUCCAGUUGGAUGUUUCUCUGCCUUCUUUUCAAGAUAUCAGAUGGAGUUUCGCUCGUUUAGUUUAUUUAUUCAACAUACAACUCGAAAGAAACGUUGCCACGUUCUUUAUUGUGCUCCUUGUGGCUUGCUUCUCGUUUGUCAUUAUCGGAGGUUUUCUCUUCUUUAAGCUCAGGGGUAGCAGUCAGUCUCUCGAGGAUUGCUUUUGGGAAGCUUGGGCUUGUUUGUGUUCAUCUUCCACCCACCUAAAACAAAGGACACGAAUCGAACGCGUUAUUGGCUUUGUUCUUGCUAUAUGGGGCAUACUAUUCUACUCUCGGCUUUUGAGCACAAUGACCGAACAAUUUAGGAAUAAUAUGUACAGACUCAGAGAAGGGGCACAAAUGCAAGUUUUGGAAACGGAUCAUAUAAUUAUUUGUGGAGUUAAUAGUCGUCUGAGUUUUGUGUUGAAGCAGCUGAAUAAGUAUCACGAAUUUGCCGUUCGCUUAGGCACUGCUACCGCAAGGAGACAGAGGAUUCUUCUUUUGUCUGAUCUUCCCAGAAAACAGAUGGACAAAGUUGCUGACAACAUAGCCAAAGAUCUCAAUCAUAUUGAUAUUUUGACCAAAAGUUGUAGUUUAAGUCUAACAAAAUCAUUUGAAAGAGCCGCUGCGAAUAAAGCUCGUGCCAUAAUUAUACUUCCAACAAAGGAAGAUCGAUAUGAAGUUGACUCGGAUGCAUUUCUGUCUGUUCUUGCUCUUCAACCACUCCCUCUAAUGGCCUCUGUGCCUACUAUAGUUGAGGUUUCGAGUUCAAAUACAUGCGAGCUUUUGAAAUCAAUUUCGGGCUUGAAAGUGGAACCUGUUGAGAAUGUCGCGUCCAAAUUGUUUGUUCAGUGCUCUCGGCAAAAAGGGCUUAUCAAAAUAUACAAGCACUUGCUCAACUAUCGAAAAAAUGUAUUCAAUCUUUGCAAUUUUCCUCAUUUAGCUGGGCUAAGUUACAAAGAGUUGAGACGUGGGUUCCAAGAGGCUGUUGUGUGUGGUCUUUAUCGAAAUGGAAGGGUAUAUUUUCACCCAAACGACGCAGAAAUUCUGGAAGAAGCUGACAAAGUGUUAUUCAUUGGGCCUGUGCACGGUACGAAGAAACCACAGCUAUCAUACCCACACGUUUUCGAGGAAAAUGACGACUCGAUCAAUAAUGUGGAAACCAUAAAGCAGAAUAGCGAGUUUUUAAAUGGAGCAUUGGGUGCUACAAGAGAGAGGCUGAAGAACAUAGUCAAAAGACCAAAAAGAUCAGAUUCAAAAGCGCCUGAUUGGUGUGUGGGUCCAACAGAGCGUGUGCUAGUGCUUGGCUGGCGACCUGAUGUUGUUGAAAUGAUCGAAGAAUACGAUAAUUAUCUCGGACCUGGCAGUGUGUUGGAAAUAUUGUCGGAUGUUCCGUUGGAUGCUAGAUUGAAGGCAUUCAAGCUUGCUGGUCAUGGAAAGCUGAAAAACAUUCGAGUUUCUCAUAGAGUUGGAAAUCCGAUGGAAUAUAACACUUUAGAGGAAACCAUUAUCAACAUUCAAAAGUCCUCAAAGAAAGAAGUCGAUAUUCCGUUUUCGAUAGCUGUAGUAUCUGAUAAAGAGUGGAAAGUUGGAGAUCCUUUGAGGGCAGACAAAAACUCGGCAUAUUCUCUUCUUCUUGCUGAAAAUAUCUGUGGUAAACUUGGAGUAAAGGCGCAAAAUCUCGUAGCUGAAGUUGUGGACUCAAAAUUGGGGAAACAAAUUACAAGGAUUAGACCAUCACUCACAUACAUUGCAGCAGAGGAAGUAAUGAGCCUUGUGACAGCUCAAGUGGCAGAAAACGUUGAACUGAACGAUGUUUGGAAAGAUAUUCUCAAUGCAGAGGGAGAUGAAAUAUACGUAAAGGAUAUUAGCUUUUACAUGAAACAAGGAGAGAAUGCUUCAUUUUACGAGCUAUCGGAAAGAGCAAAUCUACGUAGAGAAAUUGCCAUUGGUUAUGUUAAAAACAACAAGAAGUUUAUAAACCCGAUUCCGAAGUUGGAGCCUCUGAGUCUCGAACUCAAUGACUCGUUGAUUGUUAUAUCUGAACUCGAGGGAGAACAACCGGUUGUUAUGUAGUAUCGGUUACCUCUUAUUCUUGAUUCUUAUCAUAGAAAUCGCAAAUUGAAUAAUUAUCUUCCAGAAAGCUGAGAAGGUGUUUGAAUAAGUUCAUUUAAUAAUAAUUAUUAAUUUUGUUAUUUUGGAGAUUAUAAGCUGUUAAUUUUAUUUUAGAGAAAGUGGUU